AUGACAUACUGGGUUUUCCAAGCCUUCUGCCAGAUCAUCAUGAUGCAUAUCAUGUUGUCUUUUUUCCGGUCAAGACAUGUCAGUCAAACUGACACCACGACCGGUAAACGACAGGGGACUUACCGCAAUUAUUUAUCUACCAAUGAAUUAUUUGAUGUGUAUGUAUACGUGAGCGGUGACGCUUAUGUGGGCCUGGAUUCGUUGGAGCACAAUGCUCAACUUGUCUUUUCGGCAGAAAGCCGUCCUUAUACCCACAGCUUCAACAGGAAAUUUGAAGUGAAUGAGGCCAACGUAUAUGCUCCUUCUCACUUCUUUAAAAACGACGACAGCGCAUUAUAUGCUACUGUUUUCGUGGUCCCACACAAGUCCUACGCCACGCGUGCUGUACCUUUUCACAAAUCCACGUUUAAAGAGGGAUUCGAUGGUCAUGUCAUCGUCAAGUCAUUGCCAUUGACUACCAUGCGUGAGAUUAAGCACAGCAAAGAGGUGAAUCUAGUCUCUCCAGAUGUGUCGGAUGCCCCUUCUGAGGCCUCAGAAAUAUGUAAGCAUUGGAUACCACGCCUUGAUGUUAACGUGGUCUACGACGCCGCACCGCACAUGGCCGGUGUUGGAGACAUCUAUCUUGAGCUUUACAACAAACACGACGCUGAGAGCGUUUACGACCCUUUGCUUUAUCUUUCUCAGUUCUGGGUAUUGGAAGAGCACUAUCAGUGCAUUCGACCAGAGAUGGAGGGAUCACCUCUCAAGUUGAACAUUCACUUCUCAACUUGCAGUCCUACUUACUACCUUAUGUCCACGCAAUUCAAGAAAAACAGUGAAACAGGUGGUAUCUUGGGACAUCAAUCCGCUAAGGAGUUCGAGAUGUUCAAACGCACAUUGAUGACCACCAACAUUUAUAUGCUCAUAUUCUCAGGAGCGUUUAUUAUGCUACACAGCAUCUUUUCGUUCUUCGCUCUCAAGAAUGACAUUCAGUUCUGGCAUCAGAACGAUUCCAUGGAAGGUCUCUCUGCUCUCUCGGUGUUGAUCAAUUUCAUCUGUGAUGUUAUUGUCGCACUCUACAUUUUCGACAGUGAGAACGUCUCAUGGUUGGUACUAUUUGAGAUCGCAGUUGGUUUGGUCGCUUCGGCAUGGAAGGUGUCGAAGGCCAUACGCAUUAAUACGAAGCGUGAGUUCCCCUACUUGGAACUGGGCAACGCCAAGAACUAUGUUGAAUCGAAUACCAAGAAGUACGACCGUAUUGCUAUCAAGUACAUGAGCAUGGUUAUGCUACCGUGCGUGAUGGGUUAUGCGGUUUAUUCUCUAUUUUACGAGAAGCACAAAUCGUGGUACUCGUACAUUAUCGCUGUGGCUGCAGGUUCAGUCUACACUUUUGGAUUCAUCAUGAUGACGCCACAAAUCUACAUCAACUACAAGCUUAAGUCCGUGGAUCACUUGCCGUGGAGGGCACUUAUAUACAAGUCACUGAACACAUUCGUGGACGACGUUGCAUCAUUUUUGAUCGACAUGCCCUGGAUGCACCGCGUAUCAUGUUUCCGUGAUGACAUUAUCUUCUUCUGUUACUUGUAUCAGCGUUGGGCCUACCGCGUGGACCCAUCGCGACCAAGCGCAUGGAAGCCGUCGAGCACUGAUGAGCAGAGCAUCGAAGGAGAGAAGGCACCAACUACUAGCCUGGAUGACGCCGCCCCGGAGGAAACCGAGAGUGAAGAGGUACCAGUAAGAAGGAAGUGA